GCUCAACGCAUGCUGUAAUAUAUGGGGCCAAUGUGGCAUAACUGCGGACUUCUGUGUUGAUACAAACACUGGGGCCCCGGGAACGGCUGAGCCAGGAACCUACGGCUGUAUAUCGAAUUGUGGGAUGGACGUUGUGAAAGGAUCUGGGUCUGGGGAUGUCAAAAUCGCCUACUAUGAAGGCUACUGCCUUAGUAGGAAGUGCCUCUUUCAGGAUGCUUCGCAGAUUGAUACCUCGCAAUACACGCACUUUCAUUUCGGCUUCGGAACACCGACCGACUCUUGGGAGGUUGAGACAGGGGAUACACUGUCCACCUACAAUUUUGGCGAGUUCAAGAGAAUCACAGGAGCCAAGAGAAUCCUUUCCAUUGGUGGGUGGGACUUCUCAACCAUGCCUGAAACAUACAAAAUUUUCCGUAAUGGUGUUAAACCAGCGAACAGGCUAACGAUGGCGACAAAUAUUGCCAACUUCAUCAAGGACAAUGACCUUGAUGGUGUCGAUAUCGACUGGGAAUAUCCAGGGGCGCCCGACCUCCCUGAAAAUGACCCUGGGACGGAGGAAGACGGUCCAAACUACCUGGCAUUCCUUGUCGUUCUCAAAAAUCUCUUGCCGGGAAAGUCCGUCUCCAUUGCCGCACCGGCAUCCUACUGGUACCUGAAGCAGUUCCCCAUAAAGGACAUGGCUAGGAUCGUCGACUACAUUGUCUAUAUGACUUAUGACCUUCACGGCCAGUGGGAUGCGCAUAACAGCAACUCACAGGAAGGCUGUGAUACGGGUAAUUGUCUGCGCAGCCAGGUGAAUUUGACGGAAACUAAACAGUCUUUGGCAAUGAUUACUAAGGCAGGUGUCCCUGGCGCAAAGGUCAUUGUCGGUAUUACGAGCUAUGGCCGAUCCUUCAAGAUGGCAGACCCAAAUUGCUGGGGGCCCGAUUGUCCUUACACUGGCGACCGCUUGAACUCUGACGCGAAGAAGGGCGAAUGUACUAAUACAGCUGGUUACCUUGCUGGCGCGGAAAUUGACGAUAUCAUAAAAGAUUCCUCUCGGGUCGUCAAAAGCUAUGUCGAUACGACCAGCAAUAGCGACAUUCUCAUUUACGAUAAGGAUGAAUGGGUCGGUUACAUGAGCACCGCCACAAAAAGGGCCCGCACCACCCUGUAUAGCGCUUGGGGUUUGGGUGGAACCUCUGACUGGGCCAGCGACCUGCAAACCUAUCAUGAUGUUCCCAAGCCGGCGACAAGCUGGGCCAACUUUAUCCAGCUCGCCAAAGCAGGGGAGGACCCUAAGACUGACCAAACACGUACCGGAAACUGGACCUCGUAUAACUGCAGUAACGAUAAUGUUGCAAAUCUAUUCGACUUCACACCCUCAGAGCGGUGGAAGAACAUGGACACAGAUACGGCGUGGCGUGACAUAAUCCGAAUCUGGAAAGACACCGAUCAACCGCGCCAUAUGACUUUCAUGGAAUCUGUUGAGAGUACCACCCAUUUCAAGCGUCAGGCCUGCAAUAAUAUAAAGUCCUCGAGCUGCAAUUCCGUUGGUUGCGAAGACGCUGCAAAUGGAGACCACUCUGGCCCCGCAGCCUUUCUCAUCCUGGACUCAAUGGCCCAAAUUCACGAGAUGUACAAGCAAUACUACACUGCCUUAUUCGACUCUCUUGGUCUUGUCGGUACAGCACUGGACGAUAUGGAAAACAAAUUUGCGCCUAUCCCACCAGAAGAAGAUAACACCUGGCUCAACAUCCUUAUUGACAUGAUCACUCUCGGCGCCCUAGGCACUGCAGGGCCGCUGUUCAACACAAUGCUGAAGGACUACGCUUGGUUCUCUGGCAGCGCCCUGGACAAUACAAAGGACACAACCAUGACCCUCCUUGGACAAGGUACGACUACCGCCAAGGAAGUACUACCUCCGGCUAGUAAGCCCAAAUGGUCGCCGGAGGGACAAGAUGAAUUUUCUGCCUAUCUAGGGCAAGUGGUGUGGGGCUGGUCUAAUGUCACAUCGCUAGCGUUGGAUGACCUCUUCGGUGGAAAGGACACGAGCAUUGAUACCCUCUGGGAAGUCAUAUCAGAUGGCAAGCUCAUCGAGGGUAAGAUGGAUACUGACCCCCCUGAAUCUGGAAAUACCCAGAAUGAGCUGCUUGCCAAUAUUAAUAAAUGCGUCGUCGGCUUUGCAUUGCCCGCAUUGUGGCGCCAAGCUGGAUCUUAUACGUUUAUCAUUGAUUCAGGUCAGUCUUGCGACGAUGACCCGGACAUCAGCGAGUACUUGGACGACGAUACUAUUGAUGCCACGGGUGUCUGCGUUGACAAUCGACAAUACUACCUCGCAUAUCCGGAUGGCCCUGCGACUGACUGUACUUGCAAGAUCAUCAACGAUUCCGGCCCCUGUCAAACGGUCUGCAAAGACAGCAAAUUCUCUGCUCCCGAAGGAAUCCAAUACAUCUCUGGCGACAACAGCUACUACGGCAUCACGACCAACGAGCUGGUCAAGGGCUCUGUCCGGACCUGGAUAGCUAACGGGAGGGAGAACGGCGCUAGCAUAGCAGAUCCCACGAAUCACGGCACCAUGUCUGAUCUGAUAGACGUGGAUGUUACAACGCCCGGCUUCAUGCGGAUUCCUGUUUGUAGCCCCGCCCGCGCCUUCCAAUCCUGGGAUACGGUCGACAAAGACUCAAGCCCGAACUGGCCCUGCGAUAUCCCGCCUGGUAAAGAUGAGUGCGGUGAGUCAACCUUUGUGGACCAAACUAGCGAUGCAUCACCAAAGGUAGAAGACUGCCGGCAGAUCAUCAAGAACAUCGAGGGCGAUGCAUCCACUAGCUGGACGACCCAGGUUGUCGGCCAUAACCAGCGCGAGAUUGCCAGUCACGCAUCCUGUCACUUUGGCGUUGAGGCUACUAAGACCAACGGAAAUGUCAAUUUCAAGGUCGGCGGGCAGGAUGUCAUUGAUAUUAUCAAUGAUGCUAUCGACAAAUUUGCUAGGGAUGGGCUGGUCGGCGCAAAGGGAAACAUGGAUUGCAAUGGUAAUGUAAAGAGUGAGCCGGUGCUGUGGGGGAUAUACUAGGAAUGUGUAAGCGCUAUACUGCUGGCCGAAAAUGACAUGUCGGCUUAUCUUGCGAAGGGGAUGGAGAUGUUUGUUUGACUAGAAUGUGAUGUUAUAUACUAUGUGUUGAGGCAGUCAUGUAGGCUUAGUCACGUGCGUGGCACGCAG